UUGGCUGCAGUGUUUUUUUUGUGCAUGUCAAUGUCGAUUAUUUCACUGGUCUUUUUUUUUUUCACCUAUUCCUUGUACACCGAGCUAAGAACACCACCAGGUAUUAACCUCAUGAACCUCAGCGUURCCAUUCUGCUCUUUUUUUUMUUGUGGCUUCUUGGUAGUGGACAGACAGACAACUUUUUUUCUUGUACUGCCAUCGCUGUUCUUCUUCACUACUUUUUCCUGGUUUCUUUCGUGUGGACGUCCAUCAUCGCCUUUGACACUUGGAGGGCAUUCACUGCAAAAGGAAGACCACGAGCCGCAGCGGAUCACAAGAAUCGCAAAAACACGUUUGGCAUUUACGUACGUAUCGCAUCCGCUAUGGGCUUUUUUUGGAUGCUGGGCUUCAUYGCUCCGUUUGGUAUGGAUUUUUUUUGGUAUCCUUUCGUGGUAUUGAAUGGUCUUCAGGGYUUUUUUUUAGCACUGGCUUUUGGUCUGAACCAACGAAGUCGAGUCUGA